AUGACUACCUGGGAAAAUCGCGACGUCACCAACAACCACCUCCUACCUUAUGUUGACUCCGCAAAGGCUCCGGAGGAGGUCAGCGCGGCUCUGAGAACACUUCCGUUCGAGCGCAACAUCUUCAAGCUUAUCGCCAAUGCGCCUACCUUUUUCCCAACCUUCAUGAAACUUCUAACUUGUGCGUGGUCUCCCCAGCGCAGCUUGCGCUCAAAGGACUGGCAACUGGUGGUCUUGCGCACCGCAUCCCUGCUUGAUGCACCGUACGAGUGGGAUGUCAAUGAGCCCGUGGCCCAAGUUUUCGGGUACACCGAAGCCCAACUGGCCUGCCUCCGCUCUGGGGACUUGAGCUCGACAGAGCUCUUCUCCGAUCGCCAGCGACUGAUCAGCUCGGUGGUCGAAGACCUUUGCCUGCGCGAUCGUGUCAAGAAGGAAAUAGUACUCAAGGCCAAGGAGGUCCUUGGAGAUGAGGCUUUGAUGGAUCUGUUCUUCACCCAGUCAAUCUAUGCGUUCCUCGCUCGCACGAUGAACAGCUGCCUGAUUGACUUUGAUGAGCCGAUUCCAGGAUUGUUGGAUACACUUCGGAAGUACAACGCACCCAUUAUCGAACGGGAGAGCGCCUAUACAGAUUAG